GAGAAGAGGGUGGACUGUUCUUCAGGCAAAAUAAAAUAUGGAUAAGGAUCGUGGGUUCUAUCGUCAGGUGGACGUUGAAGACCACGCCCAUUACAUCGUGGCGGCCUGUGUCCUGCUGAUUGGAGCGGUCGGCGUCACAGGGAACGCCCUGGUCAUGUACGCCUUCUACAGCAAUAAGAAGCUGAGGACUCGGCCGAACUACUUCAUCAUGAACCUGGCGGUCAGUGACUUCCUCAUGGCCGUCACACAGUCGCCCAUUUUCUUCAUCAACUCCUUGUACAAAGGAUGGAUAUUUGGAGAAACUGGGUGUAAACUCUACGCCUUCUGCGGAGCGCUCUUUGGAAUCACAUCGAUGAUAAACCUUCUGGCGAUCUCUGUGGACCGUUACAUCGUGAUCACCAAACCUCUCCAGGCCAUACGAUGGUCCUCCAAGAAGAGGACGUGCUUCAUCAUUGCACUCGUCUGGAUUUACUCCUUCGCCUGGAGCCUGGCUCCACUUUUAGGGUGGAGCUCGUACAUCCCUGAAGGCCUCAUGACCUCGUGCACGUGGGACUAUGUGACGUCCACUCCAGCAAACAAGAGUUACACUCUGAUGUUGUGCUGUUUUGUGUUCUUCAUUCCACUGGGAAUUAUUUCUUAUUGUUAUUUGUGGAUGUUCCUGGCGAUCCGUGAUGCGAGCAGAGACGUGGAGGUGCUGGGCUCUCAGGUCAGGAAGUCCACCCUGAUCCAGCAGCAGUCCAUCAGGACCGAGUGGAAACUCGCCAAGAUCGCCUUUGUGGUCAUCAUCGUGUUCGUGUUGUCCUGGUCGCCGUACGCCUGCGUGACCCUCAUCGCCUGGGCGGGAUAUGGAGGAAUUCUCAACCCUUAUUCCAAAGCUGUGCCUGCAGUGAUCGCCAAAGCCUCAGCCAUUUACAAUCCUUUUAUUUACGCCAUCAUUCACUCUAAAUACAGGUGA